GAAUGGAAGAAAGUGACCAGGCAACCGUAAGAUGGGAUGAAUAUGCAGCAAGAUGGCUGAGGGCCAGGUUGGGCUACAUUCUACUCAUCAUUUACAUGUUGGGAUUAUGUUUCGCUAUCCCGCUCAGUGUUAACGAGCUCGUGAAGAGGCAUGCUGAGAAACAUGUGGUUGUCUGGUUUGUGGCUGGGGUGUUUGUUUACAUGACGAUACCUAUCACUACUGCAGGAGUUGUGCAGCACCUGAAGAACUUCUCCCAGCCUCCCCAACAACUGCGGUUAAUCAGGAUACUCAUGAUGGUCCCUGUAUAUAGCUUCUUUAGUUACCUGGGCAUGAUACUACAUAAACAGACCAUCUAUUUAGAUGCUAUGCGAGAGUGUUAUGAGUCGUAUGUGAUUUACAACUUCAUGAUGUUCCUAGUAACAUACAUGUAUGAACACUAUAAUGUAGAACAGUUGCUAAAUUACAAGGCUGCACAACCACAGCUCUUCCCUUUCCAGAGGCUACCUCCAUGGCCUAAGGGCAAAUCGUUUGUGAUAUGGUCAAAAAGAGGAGUGUUUGUCUACGUUGUCUCUAAACCAAUCACUACUAUUAUUAUGUUGAUAGCCGAACUGGCCGGCCACUCUGGAAAGAAUGAAUUUAGUAUAGGUAGUAUAUGGAUGUGGACAUUAAUAAUAGAUAACAUAGCCCAAAUGUGGGCCCUGUACUGUCUUGUUAUCUUCUACCAAGCACUUAAACACGAGUUAGCUGGAAUUGAACCUCUUCCUAAAUUCCUCUGUGUUAAGGCAGUGGUCUUCUUCUCAUUCUGGCAGGGACUCUUUUUGGAUUGUCUUGUCUUCCUCAGUAUUAUUAAAGAUAGUAAAAAUGAAGGUGGUUACACUGCAGAAGAAACAGCGGAGACAGUGCAGAACUUACUGAUCUGUAUGGAAAUGUUCGGUUUCUCAAUAGCCCAUCAUAUUGUCUUCUCUUAUAAACAUUACGUCUCAGAGAUAGAAAUACCACCCCCUCAGUUUCUAACUAGUCUAUCUCACUUGUUUGACUUCAGAGACGUCAGAACUGAUAUCAGAACACAGUUGGGUGAAAUGGCCUACGGUAGCGGUAAAAAGUCAAGAAAUUCGUUGGGAGUGAGUGCACAAACAAUACGUAACAACUACAGAUCUCGUCAUACAGAGAGAUCACCUCUACUUUCUUCAGAACAUGUUGAGUUGAACACUUUUAAAAACUAUAACCAGGAUAGCAACGAGAAUAUUUGAUAACUAAGCUGAGAAGUGAGAACUAGCCAGAGUCGAUCUACAAUUUCCAAAUACCCAAAAUAAUAAUUGACUAACUGUAGUUUUAAAAACAUGCUCUACCUGAAUGAUGCACCCCUUAAUUAUUUUGUUGGUACAUACAUCUAUAGCUACUUUUAUUCAUAAUCUUCAUACAAUGCAUACCUCUGCUUUUAUUACGUAAAAUCAAGAAGAAUGUUGUUCUCUCUGUAACACUAUACAAUAAAUUCUUCUUUACUUUUCUAAAGGGUUAAAUAAUCUUUAAAGAUUUUUUAAAUAUCAAUAUUAUUGUUCUGAAAAUGUUGAGCAAUUUCAACACUGUACCAUAGUGUACAGUGUACCAGUGUAAUAUAGUGGAUUAUUUUGUACGUGUAGUUUAUAUUAUUUUGUAGUGUGUUUAUGAUUCAUUAAUCUGUAUGCACGUGAUGUGAAUACUGUGUUCUGAUUGGUUAGUUUGUGUCACGUGGUGUGAAUACUGUGUUCUGAUUGGUUGGUUUGUGUCACGUGGUGUGAAUACUUUGUUCUGAUUGGUUAGUUUCUGUAUCCCAACUGUACUUGUAAUUGGGACUUUUGGAGUUUUAUUUUGUUUUGUUCACAAUCAUUGCUGUAAAUAGAAUGAGAGAAUAAAGUUUGUUUUUCCAUAUAUUUAAUAUGAUAAAUAAGUAUCAAUCAUUGGUCGAAUUUCAUUUUUUCUUUGAUUUAUUUCUUAAAUUUGUAAUCAAGCCACAUACAGUAAAACAGUUUAAGUUUGUUUUGUUAUAAAUAUCAAAUAUGCUUUUUGAAUUGAAACGUUAAACUUGUUUUACUC